GCUACCAUUAAAAUCAGACCCUUUUUUUUGUCUCUCGCUUGCUGUCUCCCGACCAAACUCCGAUGUGUUCCGUUAUCAGCGACCUAAAGCCUGCCAUUCCAGCACCUGUCUUGCUAGGGAUCGGUGGAUAGUAUACGAUUCAGAAAGCAGACAAGGACAUAGGAGGAGAGAGAGCUCUAGAGAGACAGCCAGGGAUAGGCACAGAGAGCUUUGAAGUAAUUGGAUUCAAUGGACGAAAUGCUGCUGUUGACAAGAAUUCUCUUGGUGGGCUUCAUCUGCGCUCUUUUAGUCUCCUCUGGGCUGACUUGUGGACCAGGCAGGGGCAUUGGAAAAAGGAGACACCCCAAAAAGCUGACCCCUUUAGCCUAUAAGCAGUUUAUUCCCAAUGUGGCAGAGAAGACUCUAGGGGCCAGUGGAAGAUAUGAAGGGAAGAUCACAAGAAACUCCGAGAGAUUUAAAGAACUAACCCCAAAUUACAACCCUGACAUUAUUUUUAAGGAUGAAGAGAACACGGGAGCUGACAGACUGAUGACUCAGCGCUGCAAAGAUAAGCUGAACGCUCUGGCGAUCUCGGUGAUGAAUCAGUGGCCCGGGGUGAAACUGCGGGUGACAGAGGGCUGGGACGAGGACGGCCACCACUCCGAGGAGUCUCUGCACUACGAGGGCCGCGCCGUGGACAUCACCACUUCGGACCGGGACCGCAGCAAGUACGGCAUGCUGGCCCGCCUGGCCGUGGAGGCAGGCUUCGACUGGGUCUACUACGAGUCUAAGGCGCACAUUCACUGCUCCGUCAAAGCAGAAAACUCAGUGGCAGCCAAAUCAGGGGGCUGCUUCCCUGGCACGGCCAUAGUGCACCUGGAGCGAGGCGGCACCAAGCUGGUGAAGGACUUGAGCCCUGGGGACCGGGUGUUGGUGGCUGACACAGAGGGCAGGCUGCUCUACAGUGACUUCCUCACCUUCCUCGACCGGGAGGAUGGCUCCCACAAGAUCUUCUACGUCAUUGAGACACGGCAACCUCGGGCCCAGCUGCUGCUGACAGCUGCUCAUCUCCUCUUUGUGGCUCCCCAGCACAACCAGUCCCAGCCAGGGACCCCCAGCAGCCGGGCGCUCUUUGCCAGCCACGUACGGCCAGGCCAGCGAGUCUACGUGUUGGGCGAGGGUGGGCAGCAGCUCUUGCUGGCAGCUGUGCACAGCGUCUCACUGCGGGAGGAGGCUUCGGGGGCGUAUGCCCCACUCACCGCCCAGGGCACCAUCCUCAUCAACCGGGUGCUGGCCUCCUGCUACGCCGUCAUCGAGGAGCACAGCUGGGCACACUGGGCGUUUGCUCCCUUCCGCCUGCUCCAGGGGUUGCUGGCCACCCUCUGCCCUUCCAGUGGGGGGGCCCUGGUGGAUGCCCCCACCACCCACGGCAUCCACUGGUACUCUCGCCUCCUCUACCGCAUCGGCAGCUGGGUGCUGGAUAGUGACUCUUUGCACCCACUGGGCAUGGUGGGGCCAUCCAGCUGAGAGCAUCCCACGCCUCCCUGGCUGCCAUCGAGCUUCUGAGGGAGAGACAGAGACACAGAAAGAGAGAGAGAGAGAGAGAGAGAGAGAGAGGGAGAGAAAGGAUUUUAAAAAGGAGAAAAGAAAACGACAACAACAAAAAAGGAAAUAAAAACUCAAGAGACAAACAAAAGGAAAAACAAAUUACCUAUUUUUAAAAGAGAGCACGGAUUAAGACUUUAAAAUAAUAAUAAUAAUAAUAAUAAAAUAAUAAUAAUUAAGUAGGACAGUCCAAAGUAGACUUUAAGGGAAGCAAAGACCCCGGGAAGUUCUGUUCUGUUUAGUUUAUAAAUAUAUAUAUAUAUAUAUAUAUAUUUUUAUUUGUUCUUUUAUUUUGUCCUUGCAUUCCUUGGUCGGUCGUUUCUUUUCCUCCUCUUCUGGAUAUUUAUUUCUUUGGUCUUUUGAAUAGAUGUUUGAAAUGCUACGAACCGGACCUUCAAGAGCCUUAAAUAGUUUCUUUGAUAAUUUAUUAUCAUGUGAACUCUACUCACAGGGGGGGGGGGGGGGAAAGAAUUAUUUUGUGAGGCCGAGCAAAACCGCGCAGAGUCUAUUUUUCUACGUGCCACGUGCGUCCCGACUUUCAGAAGGCAAAGCUCUCUGUGUUCCCAUCUCUCCAGCGCCAUCCUUCCUUCAUUUCAACGAGCCCAAAACACAAGCAAGCAAACACAGACACGAGAGAAAGAAAAAAAGAAAAGACAAAAAAAAAAAGAGAGAGACAAACUUCACGGGGGUCCAUAAAUUAUAUUUUUAUACGCAGAAUUGUAAAUUAGAGUUUUUUUGAGAGAUCAAGACUUAACUGAAUCACAUUUCGUUGUUGGAAAUAGUGUAAAUGAUGAGAAUAUAUUAUUUUAAUUUAAAUAGAUGGGGGGUUUUUGGUUUUGUUUUGUUGGGGUGUUUUGGUUUUUUUUGGUUGUUGUUUGUUGGGGUUUGGUUGUUUUUUGUUUUGUUUUGGUUUGUUUUUUUUUGCCGAUGUAAUGUCAUUGCUGUGUUGUUUUCUAUGGUUUGCUUUGUAAAAAAACCAACAGAAACCAAACAAACAAAAUAGAGGAACGAACAGAAAUGAAACAAAGGAAAGGACAAAGCACCGUUUGGCCGCGUUUGUGGAAGUCAAGGCUGUUACAGAAACUUUUUAGUUGCAAAGAGAGCUCUAAGGAAGCUUUGUUGUUUUCGGCUUUGAGAAGAGAGGGUGGGGGAAAAGGGAAGAUAAAAUAAAAGAAAGAUAAAGAAAAAAAGAAAAAGAAAGAAAGAGAAAGAAAAAAGAAAGAAAAAACGUGGAAAAGAAAGAAAAAAACAUGAAAAAUAAA